AAUCCGUACCCAACAGUGACUCUGGAAACCCAACCCUAGAUUUGAAGUUAAUGAGCAAAGCUGGUAGAAGAAGACUCGAAAGAGAGAAGCAGAAGAACAAUAAGAAGAAGAAGGCGCUUAUGGAGGGAAUGUUGUCCGCGAGUGAUCAGCAGAGCAUGGUCUCCUCCUUCCUGGAGAUUGCCGUCGGACAAACCGCCGAGACCGCCAGGCAGUUCUUGCAGGCAACGAGUUGGAAGCUCGAGGAUGCGAUUCAGCUGUUCUAUGUAGGGGGUGAGGGUGGGGCUGUGGUUGAACCGUCGUCGCAUUCUCCGCCGAGAGAAAAUCUCGAUGCUUUUGCUGAAAAUGCUGCUCGUGAAGAAGCCGAAAGGGAGAAUAGGAAUGAGAAUUUGGGACUGGAUGAUGUUGAUGAAGUUCGCGCUCCUUUGCCUGUUAUAAGGGAGGCUCUUUAUGAUGAUCCAUCGAUUCAAGCGGCAUCAAGGAUGCUUGGAUAUCCAUCACAUGAAUCAAAUUCAGUAAUUGCUUUUCGUAAUUUUGGUGAGGAAAUCAGACGUCCUGGGGUCUGGGAAUCAGAUCAAGGUGCUGCAUCGACAGCAGAUAAUUCGCGAGAUAAUCUUGCUUCAUUAUAUCGUCCUCCCUUUCAUCUCAUGUUUCACGGACCAUUUGAAAAGGCUAAGGAUACUGCCUCUGCUCAGGACAAAUGGCUCCUGAUAAACUUGCAGUCUACAAAGGAGUUCAGCUCACAUAUGCUUAAUCGAGAUACAUGGGCAAAUGAAGCUGUUUCUCAAACAAUCGGUACCAAUUUUAUCUUCUGGCAGGUAUAUGAUGAUACAACUGAAGGCCAGAAAGUAUGCACAUAUUACAAGUUGGACUCUAUUCCUGUAGUUCUUGUCAUUGAUCCCAUCACUGGGCAAAAAAUGCGUUCAUGGAAUGGAAUGGUUGAACCUGAACGCUUGCUAGAGGAUCUCUUACCUUUCAUGGAGGGUGGGCCAAGGGAUCAUCAUGUGACAUUGUCGCACAAACGCCCCCGAGAAAGUUCUUUCGCUCGGCCACAGAAAACUAAAGAUGCCCCAGUAGUUGCAGAUAAGACUAGCGAAGAAGACGAGGAAGUGUUGCAAGCAAUUGCAGCCUCUAUGGAAGGUAUAAAAGGCACAAGUGGAUGGGGGUCCGAUGAUGAGGAUGAAAAUCUUACAAACCAGGAGGAGAUAACAUGCCAAGAUAAGAAGCCUAGUUAUCCACCUUUGCCUGAAGAACCCAAGGGUGACAAGACCCUUCUAUGCAGGGUUGGAAUCCGUCUUCCAGGUGGCCGCAGGGUGCAGAGGAAUUUCUUGCGAACUGAUCCGAUUCAGCUGCUAUGGUCAUUCUGCUGUUCUCAACUAACGGAAGGCGAGACGAGGCCAUUUCGCUUGACAGAAGCUAUACCAGGAGCUUCAAAGUCGUUGGAUUAUGAUAGUCAGUUGACUUUUGAAGAGUCUGGCCUUGCCAACUCUAUGAUUUCGGUUACAUGGGAGUGAAGCGGCAUUUAAUAUUGAACUGUAACUUUUUCUAUUUGGGUUUCGACAAGGUUUUUUGUAUUGUCGCUUCUUUUUACCAUCUCUUCGGCACUUCAAAGUCGCUCUUUAUUUAUAUUGUUGAUUAUGUACAUACUACUCUGGCGACUACUUAAUUAUACACAGUUAUUUUACGUUUA